AUGACAGACACAACAACGACCAAGAUGCAUGUUAAGCAGUUGUACACGUAUCCCAUAAAGUCGCUGCGAGGGAUAUCUCUGCCGUCCUUCUCAGCCAUGUACACUGGAUUCCCGCACGACCGGCGCUUCAUGCUGUACAAGGUCGACGGAGGCGAAAACAUGCACGUCUCGAAGCAGACGGAGAUGUGCCUGUUCACCACGGCGUUCGACGACCCUGAGAACCCGACCAAGGUGGUCGUCAAGUACUCUCUGGACCACACGUUCGACAGGCCCGAGCAGAAGGUCAGCGCCGACGACCUCAGCGUGUCCCUGACGCCGGACACGGCAGAUCUAGACACGGUCGAGAUCACCAUGCACUCGUCCCCGUGCGUCGGCUUCGACGUGGGAAGCAGCCACAACAAAUGGUUCAGCGACCGCUUCGGAUACGAGGUGAAACUGCUGUACAUCGGCUCGAACCGGCGGAAAGUGCUCGGGAACAUGCCGCCUGGCGUCGCGGGACCACAGCAAGACACUUCGUCCUCGACCCCGGCCUCUGCCUCCGCCGGCAACGGCAACGGCGGCAACGGGUGGCUGGGGAGCCUGCGGACGGCGACGGCGACGGCGUCUUCGCUGGUCACGUCGCUCACCGGCUCCGGCUCGUCCACCAAGACGUCCUCCUGGACGUACGACGGCGUCGACGAAGGCAUCUCGUUCGCCGACGUCGCCCCGUACCUGGUCGUCAGCGAGACGAGCUGGCGGGACGCGCAGCGCCGCCUCCCCGACGGUGAGGUCAUGGACAUAUCCAAGUUCCGGCCCAACAUCAUCGUCGAGGGCGCCGAGAGCGAGUGGGACGAGGACUUUUGGGCCGAGCUGCGGGUCGGGUCGGACGCGAAGCUCGUCCUCACCCAGAACUGCGCCAGGUGCAACAGCCUCAACGUCGACUACGCGACCGGCAAGGUCGGCGCCGGCGAGGCCGGCAAGAUCCUCAAGAAGCUGCAGAAGGACCGGCGCGUCGACCCCGGCGCGAAGUGGUCUCCCGUCUUUGGACGCUACGGCUUCCUCGCAAAGGUGCCCGAGGGUAAGAGUGCCGCUGAAAUCAAGGUUGGCGACCAGGUCACACUUCUGAAGCGGAACAGCGAACGUACGAGGUUUGGUAAGUCUCUCUCUAUCCCCCUCUCUCUUUCUCUCUUCCUCUCUCGAUCGAGAUUCAAACUCCACAAUGGUCCUUUCGCUGACCGUUGGAAUCCUCAAAUCCCACAGAAUGGCCAAAUUUGA